AUGUUGCUGCGCCAGAAGUCGCCUGCUGCCCAUUGGCGCUCCUUUGUGGACCUAAUGAUGGCACCAGUGUCGCCGAAAAAUCUUCGUCUGUCGGCUAUACUGAUUGGCAUUUACCAACUGCUCGUCGCCCACUUGUUACUCUUCCUGGUUCUCUUGGGUCUGGCCCAUGCCGAACAAAUGAAAACUAUGCUCGCAAUGGAUAUUGAGGAUCAAAAGGAUAAUGGCUUUUAUGAUAUGUCACCGUUUCGCAAUCAAUUGCGUCUGCGCACCGCCUCCCAGCUCGUUUCCGUUACCGAAAUGCUGCUCUACAUACUGACAGCAGUGGCUUCGGUUUAUCUGCUCAGCACCAUCGCUCUUUUUGCAGGCAUAUUUAAGAAUCGCUCGGAAUUCGUACUUCCGUGGUUGGUGGUUGAAUUUAUAUUCAUUGUAUCGGCUGCGGUGUUGGUAUUUUGGUUACAGAAUGAGAAGUUUGUCGAUAUCAUUGGGGGCAAAAUAUAUUACUUUAUAAUAUGCUUCACGGUGCUGUCUUUUGAUUGCUUGAUGUGGUACAUCAUACAUUCUUUUUAUCAAAGGCUACGGACCAUGAACAAGUUGCGAGAGAUUGCCACUGUCGCAAUACCCUGCCCGCCGCCUGGAUCGAUACCCUUCCACUUCCGGCGGGAGAACAUGUAUCUUGGCAGCAACGGCUACAAGCAUAUACUCUCUGAAUCCCCCGAUGGAAAUUAUUAAAAUAAAUGUUGAAUAAAAAUCAAUUGCAACUCGACAAGGUUUAAGAAAUUAAACACGAAAUCUACAGCACCUGACACUCUAUAAAAUCUCGUGAUUCCUUCGGCAUGCGCGAUUUCUUUACGACACGCUUCACAGCUUAUUUGUACCAGCAACUCAGUGGAAAAAGAGAAAUUUUAAUAGAAAAUAGAAAGUAAAAAAUAAUAAAUAAGAAAACUGCAUGCAAUAUA